UUGAACACAAUAGAUAACGUAAUGAUAUGACUGGCAAUCUCUGCAAUUUAACAUUGCAACUGCCUUUUAGCUAAUCUGUAGACUUUAUAUAUCGUAUAUCAAUGUACAAAUGUCAUAUCUGCAUGUGUUCGGAUGGGAUCAAACUGAUGUGAGAUCAGUAAAAACUGAUACUGACUGAUCGGUGCCCUUAAUAAUUGUCUUUUUGAAGAGUUGAAUAUCCGUUGUGCCUGCCGAGGCAGAAGGAACUGGUGUUUGGAAUUGCUGGUGUGGGGGUUGAGAAAAUGUGUGUGGGUGAGUGGAGGUUGUGGGAGUGAAUUAUAAGAGAUCUGCUUUUGAGCAAGGAUUCGGAGAUAACAGUGGGUGACCAGCCAGGAAUUGCUAGCUACGUGGGUAAGUAGGAAAGAAACUAGAGGGAGUGCGGAGUUCUGCUGGAGCGCUGUCCGUGGUGCUGAAACAGCAGUGUCUCCUUGCAUAAUGCCAAUUUAUAGACUGGAACACUUACUGCUGUACAUCAGCUGUCCCUGUGCUGCUUUCUCUGUUAUUCCAAUUGGAGUAUGAGCCCCUGCACCUGCUACAUAAGAAAGUGCCAUCAGAGCUGAUACAUUAUAGCAUAUUUACAACUAAUACAACGGUAUUACUUGCUUGGUCUAGUUGCUUUAGUAACCGAUUCUCAGUUUCCAUGCUUCAUAACUCCAUUCUGAUUACACCCAUUUCAUUAAUGUAACUGCUCUCCAUCCUAUGCUACUGCUGCAAUUUUAUUUUAGUAGUUUCUGGGGUUAGAAAAAGAUGCGUAGGGUCUUUCUUCAACGUCCUUAUCAAAUCUGUUGUGGGUUUACUGAGAUUAUUAUUGCAUUGGCAUAUUGAUCCACAGGACUAUAAGGGUAACUUGACUGUAGAGGUCUGGUAGGGAGGGUAGUUGUGAGAUGGUGGAGGAUUUAGCACUUAAACUUUCUGGAGAAGGCUGAUAGUGAUGAAACCUAUUAUACAAGGGGUUAAUUAUAAUGAUAUGACUAAACGUCUUCUAAACACUUGAAAAAAUGAUGUAGCUGCAUUUUUUUUAAAACACCAAAAGAACACUAGGGAACUGUAGCAAUCUCUUGAAAUGAAUGUCUGACUACUUUCUAUUUGAAUGCAGUCAACUGGUAGCCAACUACAGUUUACUACCAAAGCCUUUCCCCGUGUUGUUAUUGCCCCUGUUUUCAGCUGAAAACAUCUGUUCAUCUAUUUGCUACUGUUGGAUUCCAGUCAUUUUCCCUGUGCUGUAUGUUGUUCGCUUAUGUUCAAUAUAGGUGAUCUUUCAGCCCCACUUUCAUACUUUAAGGGCACCGGGGUAUCAUUUCUGGAUAAGUGAAGUGAAAGACAGCUGCUAAACUUGACAACUCUUUCCAAGUUUUGGCCAAACAUAUUUGCCUUUCUUUGGGUCUACAUGAGGUCUUUUCUUAAAAUGGUUAAUUCACUGCUGAUACUGAUGAUGAUGGUGGGAUUGGACAUGUUCUAUGGAGGACUUUUUGGUCGAAAUACCUUUCUGGUUUGUGCUUCUUUGCCACGAUCAGUGGCCAGGAUGGAUGGAGACAUUAUUAUAGGAGCGCUCUUCUCUGUCCACCACCAGCCACCAGCUGAAAAAGUGCCUGAGAGGAAGUGUGGGGAGAUCAGGGAGCAAUAUGGCAUCCAAAGGGUGGAAGCUAUGUUUCAUACCCUGGAUCAGAUCAACUUGGACCAAACUUUAUUGCCUAAUAUCACACUGGGAACAGAGAUUCGGGAUUCCUGUUGGCAUUCAUCAGUGGCUCUGGAACAAAGUAUUGAGUUUAUCAGAGAUUCUCUGAUAUCCAUGCGGGAUGAAAAAGAUGGAGCCAGCAAAUGUCUUGAUGCAACUCCAACUCCACAUGGACGAAUUAAAAAACCAAUUGCUGGUGUUAUUGGACCAGGGUCCAGCUCAGUGGCUAUUCAGGUUCAAAACUUACUACAGCUUUUUGAUAUUCCUCAGAUUGCUUAUUCAGCUACAAGUAUUGAUCUAAGUGAUAAAACCUUAUAUAAAUACUUUUUGAGAGUUGUCCCAUCUGAUAUACUUCAAGCAAGAGCAAUGCUGGAUAUAGUAAAAAGAUAUAACUGGACUUAUGUGUCAGCGCUUCAUACUGACGGAAACUACGGAGAAAGUGGUAUGGAGGCAUUUAAGGAGAUGGCUGCUCAAGAAGGCCUCUGCAUAGCCCACACAGACAAGAUCUACAGCAAUGCUGGGGAGAAGAACUUUGAUCGCCUUCUGAAAAAGCUGCGUGAGAGACUGCCCAAAGCCAGAGUGGUUAUUUGCUUUUGUGAGGGGAUGACAGUGAGGGGGAUUCUAAUGGCCAUGAGGCGCUUAGGAGUGGCUGCAGAAUUUUUGCUCAUUGGAAGUGAUGGUUGGGCAGACAGAGAUGAAGUAAUAGAAGGAUUUGAAGCAGAAGCUAAUGGAGGAAUUACUAUGAAGCUGAAAUCUGCGGAAGUGAGGCCAUUUGAUGACUAUUACCUAGCCCUGCGAUUGGAUACAAACUCCCGCAACCCAUGGUUUGCUGAGUUUUGGCAACAUCGGUUCCAAUGCCGUAUUCCUGGACAUCCACAAGAGAAUCAAAGCUUUAAGAAGAUAUGCACAGGCAAUGAAAGUUUAGAAGAAAAUUAUGUCCAGGACAGUAAAAUGGGCUUUGUCAUUAAUGCAAUCUAUGCGAUGGCUCAUGGUCUACAUGACAUGCAUUCAGCUCUCUGUCCAGGUCAUGUUGGUCUAUGUGAUGCAAUGAAGCCUAUUGAUGGAAGCAAACUGCUUGAAUUCCUUAUCAAGACUUCAUUUCUUGGUAUUUCUGGUGAGGAUGUGUGGUUUAAUGAGAAAGGAGAUGCCCCUGGAAGGUAUGAUAUCAUGAACCUUCAACUGAUCGAGCCAAACCACUAUGAUUAUGUGCUUAUAGGAACAUGGCAUGAGGGAAUUCUGAGUAUGGAUGAUUUUAGGAUGCAAACAAAUAAGAGUGGAAUUGUCAGAUCUGUGUGCAGUGAUCCUUGCUCCAAAGGGGAAAUCAAGGUUAUAAGGAAAGGUGAAGUGAGCUGCUGCUGGAUUUGCACCCCUUGCAAAGAAAAUGAAUUUGUACAAGAUGAGUUUACAUGCAAGGCCUGUGACCUAGGCGCUUGGCCUAAUGCUGGAUUGACAGGCUGUGAACCUAUUCCUGUCAAAUAUCUACAAUGGAGUGACAUUGAAUCUAUUAUUGCAGUGGCCUUCUCAUGUGUUGGCAUCCUCAUAACAAUGUUUGUCACUUUGAUCUUCAUACUUUACAGAGACACGCCUGUAGUCAAAUCUUCAAGCCGAGAACUCUGCUACAUUAUUCUUGCUGGCAUAUUUCUUGGUUACAUAUGUCCUUUCACAUUAAUCGCUAAACCCACCACUGCUUCUUGCUAUCUACAGCGUCUUUUGGUCGGCCUUUCUUCAGCCAUGUGUUACUCUGCUCUUGUGACAAAAACCAAUAGAAUUGCUCGGAUUCUAGCAGGCAGUAAGAAGAAGAUUUGCACUCGCAAGCCCCGCUUUAUGAGUGCUUGUGCCCAAGUGAUUAUUGCUUCUAUAUUGAUAAGCCUGCAACUUGCGCUGGUGGUUUCUUUAAUUAUCAUGGAACCUCCUAUGCCUAUUCUCUCCUAUCCAAGCAUCAAAGAUGUUUAUUUAAUUUGUAACACAAGCAAUUUAGGUGUAGUUGCUCCCUUAGGCUACAAUGGACUACUCAUUAUGAGCUGCACAUAUUAUGCUUUCAAGACACGUAAUGUUCCAGCAAACUUUAAUGAAGCUAAAUAUAUUGCUUUUACCAUGUACACUACAUGCAUUAUCUGGCUGGCCUUUGUACCAAUCUAUUUUGGGAGCAAUUACAAGAUCAUCACCACCUCUUUUGCAGUCAGUCUUAGUGUAACCGUUGCCUUGGGAUGUAUGUUCACUCCUAAGAUGUAUAUUAUCAUAGCCAAACCCGAAAGGAACGUUCGCAGUGCUUUCACUACCUCUGAUGUUGUUCGCAUGCAUGUUGGGGAUGGAAAAGCACCCUGCAGAUCAAAUACUUUCCUAAGUAUCUUCAGAAGAAAGAAGCCUAGCUCUGGAAACACAAAUUCUAAUGGAAAGUCUGUGUCAUGGUCUGAACCAGGUGGAAGACAAGUACAGAAGGGGCAACACAUGUGGCACAGACUAUCGGUGCAUGUGAAGAGCAAGGACACAGGAUCAAAUCAGACAGCUGUGAUCAAGCCUCUAACCAAAGGAUACCAGGCGCAGAGCAAGAGUCUCACAUUUUCAGAUACUAGUACUAACACACUGUACAACGUGGAAGAGGAAGAUGAAAAUGAGACAGGGAGAUUCAAUGCAAUGAUGAGCAGUCCUACAAGUAUGCGAUUAAAUGCAACUCGUUCUCAAGAAUUUGAUGAGGGGUCAAUGUGCUUAUCAGAGGAUGUCUCCAAAAGCCUGCCUUUACAAAAAUCUAUCAUGGACCAGCUUCAUGGUGUGAUAGAUAGAUUCUCAACCGGCAUUCCAGACCUCAACUCUGUCGUGCCCAUGCCGGGUACAGAAAAUGGAGUUGGGUCAACAUUUUCAUCAAAGCAUCCACAACAGCAAGUGCUUCCAUUUCAAACGGUGACUUUUAAUGAAGGUAUGGAUUCGCCUGUGGUGGAGUGUGAAAAGCUAACCCUAAUUCACAAUUACAUAUAUGAUAGCACAGAUAUGCCUGAUGAGGAACUUGUUUCAAAUAAAUUGAUUUUGGAGGAUUCACCUGCUUUAACACCACCCUCACCUUUCCGGGAUUCACUAGCUUCGGGGAGCUCUCUGCAGAGCUCACCUGUCUCAGAAUCUGUCCUUUGCACUCCUCCUAGUGUUGCAUAUGCUUCAGUUAUGUUGAGGGACUACAAGCAGGUCUCAUCAACUUUGUAGAUAAAUAUAUUCUUCUGAAACAACACUAUGAAGCACCACAGGGCUUGCCUCAUGGCAAUACGAAGAACAAAAAUCAUAUGUAAUGUAAAUCAUUUGAAAAGCAAAUAACAACUGUCAUGCACUAAGGUGAUUUUCUGUAUAUGAGGGCUUCACGUUUGUUUUCACAUCAGUUUUUAUCUACCAUGUAACACAUUGCAGUUACGUGCAGUAUUUAUCAAGUGCACUGUAAUAUCUGCAAGAUCUGGAUAUUGUAAAUAAUCAAACAACUUCAUGGCACACAAUAUUCUCCAGAUCCCCUACCUAUUGAAUGCUAACAAGAGCUAAGGGCCAGAAGUAAUGUAAAUUGUAUAUUUGAGGCUAUAACCUUGGUUAGAGAGUAAGUAUCGGGGUUAAAUAACAAAAUAUGAUUUUACCAAAUUAGAAUUUUUAAAUAUUUUUAUUAUCUAAUUAUUUUUAAAAUAAUUUUUUUGUGUUCUAAACAAGGUGUUGUGUUGUUCGCUGCAAUUAUCUGAAAUGCAAUGAAAUGCAGCAUAUUCCCAGUGUUGCUACAAUGUCACAUGUAAGUGACCAAAACCUCACAUUACAUAUGGUUUAAUCACUUGAACUAAUUGUCACUAGUAAGUCCUGUUGAGUGCUGCAAGUUUUACUUAAUAUACACAUAUACUGUAAAUAUAAGUACCAAGAGGUGCACUCCCUUAACCCAAUAGGACAACUGCCUGGUUGUAAAUGAAGACAUUUAAAUAUAAAAAAAAAUAGCAUUAUUUUCUCAAAAAAAUGUAUUUAGUAUAUAGUGACCUAUAGGCACAGGAUCGAAUUUCAAUUUAGAGUUCAUGGGAGUUUUUAAAAUUCCUAUAAACUCCCAUGAAUUAGAAAUUCAACCAAUUGAAAUGUAUUACUAAAAUUGAAUUUUUUAAACUCGGAUGAAUAGAUGAACCACAAGGUUUUAGGAACAGCUUCAGAAAGAACCAGCAACACAGGGUUAUUUACAAUAGUGAAA